AUGUCCACAAAAGAUAUUCAAAAUAGUUAUGGGGAAAAUGAUGUCAAUCAAAAGGAAAGACUCGAUCUACUUGAACAGCUAUAUAAAAAAUUCAUUUCAGUCAUAGACCCAGGCGCAGAAGACCAACAUCUACUACAAUGCAUCCGCGUGCACCAAUCCACACACAACAUCUCUGAUUACGAACUAUUCAACAUGCUCCACAGCAUCGUCAACAACACACCAAAAUACACAUGCAUGCUCGCACUUUUAUACCAAUAUGGCGUUGGCACCACGCGAGACAAUUUCCAAAUGUAUGGUUAUUACAAAGUAGCAGCCGCUCAUGGUGACUUGUUUGGAAUGAACCAACUCGGCUGGUGCUAUCAACAGGGAAUCUACGUUGACCAGGAUCCGGAAAUCGCGUUCAUGUGGUACACAAAAUCAGCACAAUUUGGAAACACAACGGGUCAGUGUAAUUUGGCGUAUUGUUAUUUAGAUGGGAUUGGCACGAAGAUUUGCUGGAGUAAGGGGUUUUAUUGGUUUCUAAAAAGCGCGCAGGGUGGGAUUGCUGUUUCGCAGUAUAAUUUGGCGAGGUUUUAUCGGUAUAGUAUGGGGUUUAAUCGCGACUUGCAUGAAGCUAUAAAGUGGUAUCGGAGGUCGAUGAUGCAAGGAGAUGUGUCUUGGACGCCAGAGUUGGAUGCGCUGUUGCAAAAUGUUGUGGAUAUGGAAGAUUGA